UAGUAGUACAAGCACUGUACGAAGCUCUUGACGGCAAGAGGUUGCCGUGCCGCGUGCGGGCUAUUAACGGGUAAGAAGUCACUAAAAUUUUAUUUAGAGAAAAAAAAAACUUGAGAGCUACAGUGCUACCUAUCGCUUUCCAUCGAACCCACGAUCAAAUCACCCACAUCCGUAUAGCACGCGACCCGUUUAGCCCUACUUUUAAAACGAUCACGCCUCACACCUCACAUCCAUUAUCAUGUUAAAACAAAUCAUCUCCAGAUCUUCCAAAGCCAUUUAUUCUGGCUCUAGAAUAAUUGCGCAACGACCUUUGGUGGGGCGGUCGCAAUUCCUCCCGACAACCUCAAAUUCUCUACGAGCGGGACUCUUACCGAGCUUCAAGUGGUAUAGCGACCAGAGUGAGCCGCCAGCUAAGAAGGAAGGCGAAGAGCCAACUGCCCAAGCUGCUGAGGCUCCGGCUGAAGCUCAGGCUGAAGCUCAAGAUGGCGCAGCUGCCAAUGCGCCAUCCAAUGAAGUGGCCGAGCUCAAAAAGAAGCUAGAAGCCAAGGAGAAAGAGGUUAUUGAGUGGAAGGACAAAUGCCUACGGUCGGUCGCCGACUUCCGCAACCUUCAAGAUCGAACACAGAGGGAGAUGAAGGCAGCACGCGACUUCGCUAUCCAGAAGUUUGCCAAGGACUUGGUUGACAGCGUCGACAACCUAGACAGAGCCCUUAUAAUGGGCAAGGAAAAGCUUACGGCCGCGGCAGCAGAGAGCAAGAACGAGGAUCUCGUCAAUUUUUACGAGGGAGUGAAAAUGACGGAGACUAACAUGCUCCAGACCUUGGCCAAGCACGGCUUAGAGCGGUUCGAUCCCGAAGGAGAGAAGUUUAACCCUAAUGAGCAUGAGGCCACAUUCAUGACCCCGAUGCCCGACAAGGAAGACAACACGGUCUUCCACGUCCAGCAGAAGGGAUUCAAAUUAAACGGAAGAGUACUCAGAGCCGCCAAGGUUGGCGUAGUGAAGAGCUCGUAAAGGAUAUGAAAGAAAAUGACGUCUCAGCACUUCAUUUACCAUUGUACAAUAUGAAAAGACGUUGUACACAAAACCAUGUGAUGGGAUUUGGCGUUGGGCGAUUGUAUAUAAAAAUGCUCCUCUCAUGAAAAAGGCGGCGGGCGGGGACUUUUAUACAUACAUACUAUGCGUGCAUGAUACGGCUGUUGAUACCAAGCAACCUCUUGAUCUGGAAUGGGGAUCUGGGGAUCUGGGGAUUGGGGGGAAAAGAGGGAGGGA